CCUCUGCGGAGCAGUUCAUAUCACUCGAUCGACGAUCACAGAGAGGAGAAUCUCUCCCUCAGACUCGCACGUGAUUGUGAAUAAAAUUACAAUUCCCCGAGAGAAUCAAUUUGUCGGUUGGGAAGAAGUGAGCAAAAUCAUCUGUGGGUGCUUGUUAGAAAACAAUUUCAAGUGCUAGGAGGAAGACACAGAAAAGUCGGAACUCUGUGUUGUGAUAAAAGUGAAGUUUUUCCUUGAUUUUUCCGUUAUUUUCCCGGCGUGUUGGGAAUAUUUAUGAAAGUUUUUUUUUAAUUGAAAUGAGUGUAGUGUUGAAGGGAGCAAAAUAUCAAAAUAAACUUGCAAAAUAACUCGCAUAAACAUUUCUACUCAUCAUUCAACAGUUUAGGGGAGCUUUUUUGUGUUAAAGCAAAGUUUAGUAAAAAUUUCAAUUUUCAUAUACAGAAAUGUUUUUCCGACGGAAAGUUGCUAUUUCACUACCUGAAGCUGGAAGCAGGGAACCAUCUGUGCAGCCAAUUCCCUCAGUAGACUUAAACAUGAGUGGGCAGCAGCGAGAAGAGGCGCAGAAAGUCAAUCUCUUCAAUGAGAAUGAAACCAACAAUGAUAGUGGAUACGACGAUGAUCCAAAGAUAUGGAAACACGUAGUGCGACAUUGGCCAGUGAUAUCGCAACCAUUGACCCUCCUUGUCCUAUUUCUCCUCAUGUGGGGUGUGGGAUAUUCUAUUCUACCGCAGUAUACAGCUCCUGAAAGCCCCUUUAUGAGGUUGGUCUUCCUUUUCAUCGGUGGUCAGACAUGUGGCAUCAUUGUGAGCCUCAUAGGACUUCCGGACAUGCUGGGCAUGAUAGGUUGGGGAGUCCUGUACAGAAAUGUCGGCUGGGGAAACUUUUCUGGUCUUGAAGGCCUCGAAGCAAUUUUGCGGGAACUCGCAUUGGUCAACAUAAUGCUUCUGGCGGGAAUGGGGUUAGACCUUGAUGCUCUGCGGAAGCUUUUUGGUAUGGUAAUGCGGAUAACACUGAUCCCAACAGUGGCAGAGACAACCAUUGUGGCCGUGCUGGCAGUUUAUCUCUUCAACAUGCCCUGGCUGUGGGGAUUUCUCCUGGGGCUUGUGGUCACCGCGGUAUCCCCGAAUGUUGUCAUAAGCAUCCUCCUGCAGCUGAGAGAGCAACGAUUGGGACUCAAUAAAGGGAUCCACACCCUCAUAAUUGCCAUGACAAGCUGCAACGAUGUCAUUUCCAUCUUCUGCUUUGGCGUCGUACUCGGUGUCAUCUUUUCCAAUGGCAAUCUCACUGACCAACUCCUUCAGGGUCCCAUUGGUAUUGUAUUGGGUCUUGUAGCGGGCUUUGGAAUGGGUGUCUUUCUCACCCUUAUGCCAUCAAAUAAAUCCACAUACUCUACUGGCCUGAGAGUAGCCACAAUAGUCAUGGCUGGAAUUCUGGGUGUUGUGGGGAGUAAGGCGAUAUCCUACCCAUCUGCUGGGGCCCUUUCAUGCAUCGUCGUAUCCUUCGUGGCUGGCACGGGAUGGCGAAAGAAGCACGCAAAGGAAGCGGCCGACGUCACGACUUACUUGGACUUAAUGUGGAAAUUCAUGAAGCCAAUCUCUUUCUCCAUGAUCGGCAAAGAAGUGGCGUUCAAUCUCCUCGAAGGCGAUACCGUGCUCUACGGCUUCAUUGUUCUCAUCGUUGGUGUUCUUGUUCGUGUGAUAUUUGCCUAUGCUUCACUAAUGGGUGGUGAACUGAAUUGGAAGGAGAAGGCCUACGUUACCAUAUCAUCAUGCCCUAAGGCAACUGUUCAGGCGGCCCUUGGACCUGUUGCUCUCGAUUUGGCACGCAAAAUGGAAUCUCCGAGCGAAACAGUGGCAUUUGCCAAUCAAGUCCUCAUCGUAUCAGUUCUGGCCAUCACGGCAACGGCGCCCCUAGGAGCACUCCUCAUGACCAAAUUGGCACCGUCAUGGCUAAAGCGUAGCCCCCCGGUCUCCCAUCUGGCCACAAUGGACACAAAUGGAGCAACAACCGACCGUUUCUAGCCGCCCCAUACAAAUGGAUUUCGUCCAUCAAACGGACUUAGUCUUUCAUUUGUGAUUAUUCAUUGCUCUUUUAGACUGCUUCUCUGUGCUGUAUACUCCCCAACACUGACUUCUCGCAAGUCACCCCCCGCAUACAUAUAGUAGAAUCAUCCCCCGCCCACAAAAUCACCCCCCUUCCAGGUCAUCCAGAUAGACUUUUCCUUCAUUUCAACACACCAAGGGUGGGCUGGGUGAGAGUCAUCCAUUUUAUACCUCAUUUCAUCGACUAUGGGUGCUUAUCGACACAUCAAAUUUCCACAACACGUAAAUUGGAAGUGGAAAAUGUUUUCAUUCCACCAUAGAAAAAAAAAUAUAUUAUACCUACAUAGAAAAAAAAGAACUUACGUAGUCGAGAAAGUUUGCAAUGUAACCAUUUUAUAAAUCUUACUUACCUAGUUUUGUACUUAUACAAAUGUAAUAUAAUGUUCAAAUUUGUGACUUAAUUUUAAGGAAAUAAAUGUUCUCGUGGCAAUUUUACAAGAAGUGGUGCAAAUUC